UAUUGUCGUGAUGUCGUUGGCUCGCUCGGGAAAGACAGAAUCUUUUGUUUUUCUUGGGUAACCACAGUGAGACUUUGUUUGGAGAAAUUAGAAUAACAUAUGCCUUUGUCUCGAAAUACUUUUCUAAUUUGGAUUUUUAUUUAAAUAAAAAUGAUUUUCAAAAAUGAAGUUUAAAAGAAAACAAUCAAUUUGCAAGAGAGAGAUUAUUGUUUUAAAACAUUAUUACCAACCAAAUUAAAUCGUCAACAUAUAUCGACUCAUACAUGCAUACAUCAAAACAAUUAAUUAAGAUCAAUGAAGUUAUUUAUUGGUUUCAGGUAUUUCAGACGGGAACGUGAGUUUGUUUUGUCCCAGGAUUAAUUUCCUAUAUAUUUACUUCACAUUCUGACCUUGGGACUAUAGCCAAAAAUACCAUUUAGUUUUGCUCAUCAACGAAACCAAACAAGAGAACCAAAAAAAAAAAAAACAAAAAGCCAACCAAGCAUUUUAUGAUGCAUCUGGCUUUGAGCAGCUGGAUUCCCUUUUUCCUCUUAUUAGCCGUUUUGAGUUUGAAUUUCGUCAAGAAAUGGAGCAAGAAGAGAUCCAGUGAUCAUGAAAUGAGGAACAAUCUUCCACCAGGGCCACCGAAGCUCCCCAUCAUUGGAAACAUGCACCAACUGAUGGGUUCAUUGCCUCAUCAUUCUCUCAAGAGUUUAGCAGAAAAACACGGAGACCUAAUGCACCUUAUGUUGGGAGAAAUCCCAACCAUCGUAGCAUCAUCUCCCCGAGCAGCGGAAGCGAUUCUGAAGACAAACGACACGGCUUUCGCCGACAGGCCGGGUUUCCUGGCCGGGGAAAUCCUGUUCUACGGCUGUUCCGACAUGACGUUUGCUCCGUACGGCGAAUACUGGAGACAGAUGCGCAAAAUCAGUACUUUGGGUUUCCUCAGCAUCCGGGUUGUCCGAUCAUUCUCUUUGAUUCGCCAAGACGAGAUUUCGAAGCUCGUUACAUCCAUUCGGGAGGAGUCCGGCCCGGAAGCUGUGAAUUUGACCCAAAAAGUGAGCAAAUACACAAGUUUGAUGGUUUGUAGAGCUGCAUUGGGUAGGGAAUUUGGAAGGCAUCAGGACAAAAUGAUGGAGCUGUUACAGGAAGUACUUGAGAACACAACCGGGUUUGAUGUUUCCGACAUUUUCCCUUCCUGGAGAAUUCUUCCUUACAUAAGCCGGGCCAAGCCCAAGUUAGUUGAGUUGAAGAACAAGAUUGAUGCCAUUUUCGAUGUCAUAAUUCAGGAGCAUGUUGAGAAUCAGAUGGAGAAGAAUGGUGAGUUUGGACAAGAAGAUCUGGUGGAUGUUUUACUUAGGAUCCAACAGAGUGGAGAUCAAAAGUUUCCAGUUACCUACGCCAAUAUUAAGGCUAUCUUCAUGAAUAUAUUCCUUGGAGGAACUGACACUUCGGUAGUCGUGGUUGAGUGGGCCAUGGCGGAGAUGAUAAGAAAUCCACGUGUAUUGGCAAAGGUACAAAGUGAAAUAAGGGAACUGUUACCGACUGGCACGGUAGCAAUUGAAGAAGGUGUUAUUCAAAAAAUGAGCUAUUUAAAGUUAGUAAUCAAAGAAACUCUAAGGCUACAUCCUCCUCUACCGUUAUUGAUUCCGAGAGAAUGCAGGGAGCAAUGCCUGGUUGAUGGAUAUGUCAUCCGUCCCAAAACAAGAGUUAUGAUUAAUGGAUGGGCGAUUGGAAGGCAUCCUGCGUAUUGGGACGAACCUGAAAAGUUCAUGCCCGAGAGAUUUGAGAACAGCUUGGUUGAUUUUUCAGGACAUAAUUAUGAGUAUUUACCAUUUGGUGCUGGAAGGAGAAUCUGCCCGGGAAUCUCAUUUGGGUGGGCUAAUGUUGAGGUUUUGCUAGCCAAUCUAUUGUAUCACUUUGACUGGAAACUCCCAAGUCAUUCUGUUGAUUUAGACAUGACAGAGACCUACAAAGUAACUGCACCAAGGAAAAACAAUCUUCUAUUGGUCGCCUCUAUGUACAACCAGCAAGAAAAGUAAUGUGGACUCUACCUAGUAUAAGAGCGCGGACACACACAUACAUAUAUAUAUAUAUAUAUAUAUAUAUAUAUAUAUAUAUAUAUACAUACUAGUGAUUUCUGGUCGCGCGAUGCGCGAUCCUGGCCCAGUCUAUCUGUAGAUCUUAGAAAUGUUAAUAUUUGAAAAAAAUAAAAUUUUGUAUUUGGAGCGAUAUAUUUUAGAAAUGUUUGAAGGAUUUAGAAAUGUUUUAUAAGUGUGAU